CUCUCGUGUGUAUAUAUGGACGCCCGAGAGCACGCUGGCCGCGCAGGAGCGUGAGGACGGCGUUCGCUUCCGGAUUUCUGCUGCGUUCUCGAGGCGACGCCGCGCGCAGAGAACUGACCAUUUCGCAGCUCGAACUCUCCGUUUCCUCCGGCCUCCGCGGGCGUCGGGUGUACGAACACAUCGGCGGCAGAGGUCCGUGGUGGCGCGACCGGGGCGACGCGCGAUUCCGGAAAAAGCAACGGGGGGUUCUCGCUGCAAGACACCGACGGCUUUCGAGGCGAGUUUCUUUUCUUCAGGGAGAGGAAUCCUGCAAAGACUGGGGGAUCUCGCGCGGCCGGAAAUGCCCAGAGGCUUUCGAUCUCCACCACAGAGACCCUGCGGUCGACUUCCGCCGCUUCUGCCCUGCAUCUGGUGGCCAAGGACGCCUUUUCGCGUCGUUUUCUUCCCUCGAAAUUUCCCUCGAAAUCAGACAAGGUCAACCCCGAGAAAGAGGCUUCUCGACGCUAAAAGGCGUCGUUUCUCAGGACUGUGCAUCUCGUCUUUUCACACUCCCGGUCUUGAGCCCUCCGGGAAACCCAAGCGAGACAGACACGCGCGCCUGUGUGUCUCGCGGUGUAUGUACACGCGCCGCGGACUUUCGGCUCCAGCUUGAGGAGGGUCGCCGCCAUGGGCAUUUUUGCGGUUGCCAAAUAACUUUGAAGACUGCCAAUGAACACUCGGGUCGCUUUCACAUUCGUCCUCCCGCCGUCUCCUCUGUACACGCGCCUGCAGCGGCUGGACUUCCCUCUGCCUUGAGAUUCUCUCCACCAGUUCGUCCAUCCUUUUCACCGGAAUGCAUGCAACGGUGUGACCAUGUGACAGCGUAGUUGCGGAGUAUGUGAAUACUUGCCUGCGUACGAUGCGGUGUACAUACACUGGAAGCGAUACCCGUGGAGAGAGGUCCUACUCCCAGGGUCCCUGAGAGACUGCUGGAACUGGCAGUCCUUCCCUUUGUCUUGGAAAACCGACUCUCUGUUCUCUUCUCUCCCUCUUCUCUCUGCUGUCUUCUCUCUCUCUCCUCUCUGUUCUCUUCUCUCCCUCUUCUCUCUGCUGUCUUCUCUCUCUUCUCUCUCUUCUCUCUGCUGUGUUGUCUCUCUUAUCCCUCUCUUCUCUCUCUUCUCUCUGCUGUCUUGUCUCUCUUAUCCCUCUCUUCUCUCUUUUCCUCUCUCGCCUUCCGUCACCAUGGCUGCUGCGCCCGCGGCCCCCGAGGUGGGGUCCCCACAGGUCUCUGUUUCGUUUUCCGCUGGCCGCUGCAUGCGUCUCUUUUCCGCGAAGUCCACUUAUCUCUCGUUCGUCGCUCUCUUUGUCUUCGUCGCGCUGCUCCCCGCUCUGGGCGCGCCGACAGACCCUCGAUCGGAGGAGGACGCCUUCGACAGCUUCACCGAGAGUGUCUACCUCCAGGCGCUGAAGAGGCCGGGCCUCUUCGUCGCCCACUUUGACUUCCGCCUGAAAACUCUAAUUCCUCUCUCUGCGGAGGAGCGGGGGUCUACAAGUCACCAGCACUAUGACAUCUUUCCAAAAGAGAUUGGGAAGUUGCUAACGCUGCAUCUACAGCAAACCUCUUCUCCCUCUUCUCCUUCUUCUCCCUCUUCUCCUUCUUCUCCAUCUUCUCCGCCUCUUCUCUUCUUCGAUGCUUCUCUUACGCAAGGCCGGUGGCCAGAAGCUAUCUGGGGCGCCGCGCCUGUCUCCGUCAGGCCUCCCGGGGCGGUGUUGAGAGCUGCGCUUUCCUCUAGUCCUGUCUACGACUCUCAGAGAACCUGGUCGCUGUUGACGCAUGCGUUGGGGGGGAUCAUCUGCUCGGGAUUUUCCAUGUUGAAGAACGAGGAGAUGGCGUACACCUUUUCUCCGGCCUCGUUUUCGCAUGAUCUCGAAGGCAGGCAAGACGCAGAGCAACCAUGGACGCUGCGCGUCGCCACUUCGCCCGUAGAGGUCGCAUGCACCGAAAACCUAAAUUCGCUGCAGAAACUUCUGCCGUGCCGCGGCGAGGCAGGCCUGCUAUCUCUGCUGCAUCCGCUGGCAUUUGCGUCUUCCCCCUUCAAGAGUCUGAGGUUUCUCGCCUUCUCCGAGACUGAAACGGAGUCUGCGAACUCGUACCCUCUCCUCCGCGCCGAACUUCGGGCACAACUCACCGUCGUUCUCCCAGUUCCCCAAGAUGGAGAAGCGCCUUUCACGCUUCCAGACUUGUUCCACCACAGCGGGCAGCCUGGUGUCGCUUCACCGCUGGGCCGCCCCUGCGUCGCUUCGUCUUCUCGCAUACUGCUGCGGCUCCGGAAGCUUCUCCCUCCCGGAGGCGAGCUUCCAGCAGAGGGAGGAGAAAGCGAACAAGACAAACGUCCGGACCGAGACGCGAAGAGGAGUCAGAGGAAAGGCGAAGCAGGAAAAGAAGAAAUCGAGAGUCGAGGCGGUACAGAGCGCGCGAGACUUGCCGCCGCAAGCAAAGCAGUGGCCUCAACCGGUGCAUCGAAGUUCACCUUUUACAGCGUGGAUGCUUCCUCCGACUUGGUUGUUUUCGACGCUUUCCCCGUGAGAGAGGAAAGAAAUAAAACGAGAGAAAACAUUCUUCCAGCGAAAGAAGUCUUGCUUCCUCUCCCCGACGCCGAAGGCCUCUCGGGGCGCCUGGACGUCGAGCGCCAGCAAACAGGUCGUGGCACUGCGAGUUCCAAGCUCGAGCGAAUGGAAGGUUCGUGGCUUAUGGUGUUCCGAAAUCGCGGUGCGUUCGGCCACCGUUCGGUGCGCUACUUUGACAACUUUCCCCCCUUUCUGUUUCCUCUCUUCCACACCGCGCGCGUUUCCUGGAAACCUCUUCCACGGAAGCCGCUUUCUCCGCUUUCGCAGGAAGCCGGAGGCGCCGAGGCUGGCGGGGCGACCCUCUGCCAUCGGGCCUUUUCUCCUGUUUCGAAGCAGCUGCAGUUGACUGGUGCAGAGGCGGCGCGUGCGUUGAAUUUGCGGCUGCUCGCGUCUUCUUCUUCCUUCGCCCCCACCUUCGUUUCUCUCGCCUUCUCGCUGCCGCCGCGGUGUCAAAUCGAGUUCAGCGUUGGCGUCGAGAAACGCCACUGGGCGGCAGGUCGCUUCUCCUUCUCCCCGGACAAAGGCUCCGACGUUCCCGGUGCAAUUGUCCUCGACAUGCCAGCGUCCAGUUUCUUCUGGCCGCCUCCGCGCGCGGUGUUGGAGGCGCCGCUGUCCUGCAGCGUGGAUUCUGCAUGCGCGGCGUUGCCUCUGGUGGCGAGUCCAAGAGAGAACGCGAGAGAGAGCGAAAAACAGGAAACGGCGCGAAAUGAAGAGCCGCUCUCCCUGGACCUCGCUGCCGAGGGUCUCUAUGCGCGCGGUCAGAGGGACUCUUGGAACUGGCAAAUCACCGAAGGCAUGAUCGUUCACCUGCCUCUUCCGGAUUUCAGUAUGCCAUUUAACGUCAUAGCGCUGUCGGGAACUGUCCUGACGUUGUUUUACGGCUCUGUCUUUCGGAUCACCACGAUGGAGUGGUGAAGAAAAAGACAGGAGGGGAGAGUCGGCUCGUUCUGCUUUCGCUUUUAGUCGGUUGACCGAGACUUUCUGCAUGCAGUCUCAUCUCUGUCACGCGCCUCGUCUGCUUUGACGGGUCGGAGGUGAGCAGUUGGUCGUCUCUACUUCGAACUGCGACGAGGAAGCAACGGCGCGUAGCCGAAAUCAGGAGCAAGAACGACGGAAUCGCGGCGGCGCGCUUGCCUCCGCAUGCAGUCGACGCUUUUACACAUAUUUUCAUGUCUGUGGGAUCCAGGUGUAUGUACACCCUAAUGCAGACCUCUGGAGGGAAUGGCGGUGCGCAGGCGACACGGCACACACUUUGGGGAGUUGGCUCGCUUUUCUUGAAAAAGAAAGUUAAAAAUCAAUUCGAACGUGACCCGACGUUCACGCUCGACAAUUGCUUCACAAAGUUCUCCGAAGACUCUCAAGACGAAUCGAUUUGCGUGGUACCCCCAAGAGCUCUGUGAUUCCGGACUCGAUCCCAGAGAAAAAGCUGCUUGAUACGGCGACAAGUGGUAGAUCAAGAAUAGUUCGAUGUUCUGAGGCAGAAACAGACAGAAACGAGACCGACGAAAUAGAAGACGUCGUUUUGGAACACAGAAAUCCACGUUUUUGUAAUUUUUUCAACUCGUUCUUUGGAGAAUGAAAUCUCUCUUCUCUGCUGUCGCACGACGCAUGCACUGAGGGGAAAACUCAUCCCUUACGAUCAAGGUCUUUCCCUAGGAAACAGCAAUGAUGUCGAAGAAAAAACAGACCUUAAAAAACAGAACAUAUGUACAUAUACAUAUACAUACGUGUAUAUAUAUAUAUAUAUAUAGAGUGCUUUGGCAUGCAUCCACAUGCAAAUUUCUGUACGCCUUCGUAAAUGUGUACAUAUAUUUUUUUCAUUCAUAGAAGGAUGCGAAUGUACAGAAAUUGAUGCACAACAUCCCAAAAUGGUUUUUGACUUUUUCCUGUCGAGUGAGGCAGAGGCCUUUGGUGCUCGAGUUCAGGAUCUGUGCUUCUCGCUGGCGCAAGUGAAAAGGCGACAGUGUUCCCGGUCUGUCUCUCUUUCAUCAAAGACGAACAACUUCUACAAACGGGGGCGGGUGCGUGUCCAGUCUGAAAAGGUCUGCUUUUCGACCGUCAGUGGCUUGAAAAAAGACUGGAGACCGGCGCAUAGGCUGAGACCGUCCGUUUAGAAAGUUACAUUAGAAAUUUAAAUUCGGCGUGCGACAGGAACGAAAAACAGAGUUCCAAGACAGGAAAACAUAUAUAUAUAUAUAUACGUAUAUAUGUGGAGGCAUGUCUAAGUGUGAAUGUAUUCGUAGCAUAUGUGCAUAUAUGCGUGGAUGUACUUUCCCCUUGGGCGCCGUCUACUUCACAGAUGAGAGACGAACUCGUAUCGAGAACACGGAGCCAUCUCCGAAGUUCAUGUAAUGUCACAAGACAGGACGCGCUUCCUUGUCGGUUUCAACGUCGCCCCAGCAUUUCUUUUCUCACGCACUCGCGUUUAGUGGGGAAACUCCAUCUUUGCCCGUUUCUCCCGUUAAAGUCCAACCUAUCACUCCGUGGAUGCAAGCCACACCAAACUGGAAUGCCAAGUUGCUCUCCAUGAAACGUGUAUAAUAUCUGCAUGUCGACAGAUAAAAGCGUUUUACUCCUGGCACCCUAGCAGCCACACUUUUCAAGUAUA